UUUGCACUAGAGGAGAUGCACCGGAAUCUUUCGUAGACUACACAGUUCCUGAUUAUGAGAUGAUGGAGAAGAGAGCUGGGAGACACAUAGAGGAGUUCAAACAGAUGGUGUUUCCAGAUGGCUUCAACCCGGAAGCUGCGAAAGCCGGCGCGCGCAAGCGAGCUGCGGGCAAUGCCGGCGGAGCCGCCAAGAAACCGAAGCUAGAGGGCGUUGCUGUGGACGUGAAAGCAGAGGCGCUGGCGGGCAAGCUGGGCAAGAUGACCGUGGCUGUGCUGCGACAGUACUGUAAGGACGAGGGCAUACGACUGACCGGCACCAAGAAGUCCGAACUCAUGGACGCCAUCAACGAAUACCUCAACCUGUGAGCGCGAGAUGCGCCCCCUGGCAUGAGUGUGGCACCCCUGGCGUAACGUCCCUCUGAUGAUGUGCUUUGCCAUCCAUGAUAUGUUGAUAAGAUGAUGAAG